AUGUCUCAUCAAUCUCUAAUUCCACAAACGCCAUUAGAAUCCAACGAACAUGAAGAUCACUACAACAAGAUCUGCAAGGAUUACGACCACUUAAUGGAAACAAUACCCAAAAGUAAUGGAUGGAGGGUGGAACACCUCUACAACUACAAUGGUUUCUGGAUAAACCCUAUAUACAUCAAAGCCAAUUUGCUUCUUCAUGCUUACUUUAAACCACAACCCACUGAUAUCUUUUUAGCUUCCUUCAUGAAGUCAGGAACCACGUGGCUCAAAGCACUCAUCUUCUCCACCCUUACUCGCCACUUCUACAGCUUCUCCGACCACUAUUUACACCACCAUGGCCCACAAAGCACUUUUCCUUUUCUCGAUAGUGAAUGCGAAAGCUACCCCAUAACCGACUUCACUCAUAUGUGUUCUCCACGACUCUUCGCAACCCACUUCCCUUGGAUCCUCCUACCGGAAUCCAUGGCUUCAUGCAAGUUCGUUUAUCUCUGUAGAGAGCCGAAAGAUGUUUUGGUUUCGAAAUGGGUUUUCAUGAGCAAACUUAGAGAGAAAGAUUUGCCUCCAUUUUCUUUGGAUGAAGCGUUUGAUCUUUUCUGUAAAGGGGUUUCAGACUACGGACCGUUUUGGGAGCAUGUUCUGUCGUACUGGAGAGCGAGUUUGGAGUCAUCGGAGAAGAUUCUGUUCUUGAAGUAUGAGGAAGUGAAGCGGCAGCCGGAGGUGGUGGUGAGGAGGUUGGCGACGUUCAUGGGUGUGCCAUUCACGGCGGAGGAAGUUGAGAAAGGGGUGGUGGAGAGCAUUGUGAAGUUGUGUAGCUUCGAAAAUUUGAGUAAUUUGGAGGUGAAUAAGAAGGGUGUUGAAAAGUUCGGUAAGGUGGAGGUGGAGAAUUGUGAAUUUUUCAGGAAAGGUGUGAUUGGAGAUUGGAGAAACUACCUUUCCGAUGAGAUGAAACAACGCAUUGAUGGAAUUAUCCAUGAGAAGUUGAAAGGUUCUGGCUUGAUCUUUGGUGCCUAA